GACCUGAGCUGAGAUCAACAGUUGGACACCCCUACAUCUGAGACUGCCCUAGCCAUCAUGGAGGUGGCUGAGGUAGAGAGUCCUCUGAACCCCAGCUGUAAGAUCAUGACCUUCAGACCCUCCAUGGAGGAGUUCCGGGAGUUCAACAAAUACCUCGCGUACAUGGAGUCUAAAGGAGCUCAUCGAGCGGGUCUUGCAAAGGUGAUUCCUCCUCGGGAAUGGAAGCCAAGGCAGUGCUAUGAUGACAUCGAUAAUUUGCUUAUUCCAGCACCAAUUCAGCAGAUGGUCACAGGACAGUCAGGACUGUUCACUCAAUACAACAUCCAGAAAAAAGCCAUGACAGUGAAGGAGUUCAGGCAGCUGGCAAACAGUGGCAAAUACUGUACUCCAAGAUACUUGGAUUAUGAAGAUUUGGAGCGCAAGUACUGGAAGAAUUUAACUUUUGUGGCACCCAUCUAUGGCGCAGAUAUUAAUGGAAGCAUAUAUGAUGAGGGUGUGGAUGAAUGGAACAUAGCUCGCCUAAAUACAGUCUUGGAUGUGGUUGAGGAAGAGUGCGGUAUUUCUAUUGAGGGUGUAAACACCCCUUAUCUCUAUUUUGGCAUGUGGAAAACCACAUUCGCGUGGCACACCGAGGAUAUGGACCUCUACAGCAUUAAUUAUCUCCACUUUGGAGAGCCCAAGUCUUGGUAUGCAAUACCCCCGGAACAUGGAAAACGACUUGAAAGACUAGCUCAAGGUUUUUUCCCAAGCAGUUCUCAAGGGUGUGAUGCAUUCCUUCGCCACAAGAUGACACUGAUAUCUCCCUCAGUACUGAAGAAGUAUGGUAUACCCUUUGACAAGAUCACUCAGGAGGCUGGAGAAUUUAUGAUCACUUUUCCAUAUGGCUACCAUGCUGGUUUUAAUCAUGGUUUCAACUGUGCAGAAUCUACAAAUUUUGCUACAGUCAGAUGGAUUGACUAUGGGAAGGUUGCUAAAUUGUGCACCUGCAGGAAAGACAUGGUGAAAAUUUCAAUGGAUAUUUUUGUGAGGAAAUUUCAGCCAGACAGAUAUCAGCUUUGGAAGCAAGGAAAGGAUAUAUACACCAUUGACCAUACAAAGCCUACUCCAGAAUCCACACCUGAAGUAAAAGCAUGGCUUCAGAGGAGGAGGAAAGUAAGAAAAGCAUCCAGGAGUUUCCAGUGCACUGGCUCUUACUCUAAGAGGCUUAAGAAUGAGGAGAAUGAAGAAGUGUCACCUACAGUCGAUGGGGUGGAGGGCCUCACCCCUGACCAAGACCCAGAAGACCUCAAGGUCAGUGAAAAAUCAGAAGAAGCAGUGAAGAUGGGAAACACAGAAUCUCCUUCAGAAGAAGAGGCUUCCGCUAGCAGGAAGCAGUCAGAUCAGAAUUCACUGGAUAAUAUCAAACUCUCAGGAAACAGCUGCUUAAGCACAUCUAUAACAGAGGAAAUACAGACUAAGGAUGACCAAGCCUAUGGUAUAAUUCUACCUUCAAAUCCCAGUGAAGCUGAUGAUUCCCUAUCUUGUGACUAUGUGACAUCCAAGGAAUCAGAGCCACCCAAGGUUCCAUGGCCAAAGUCACCUGAGUCAUGCUUCCCAGUGGCAGAGAGUAAUAGUGUGUUGACAGAGGGAGAAGAGAGUGAUGUAGAGAGCUGCAGGAGUGGCCUUGAACCUGGGGAGGUCCCAGUGGUUCCCAGUGGAAAGAGAAAUGGCCUCGAUGUCCUCAGUAGAAUAGAGGGAGAAACCAAAACUGCUAAAAGUUGGCGCCAUCCACUUAGUACGCCUCCAGCAAGGUCCCCGUUGACUCUGGUGAAGCAGCAGGCAGCAAGUGAUGAAGAUUUCCCAAACUUUGAUGUACUUACACUGAGGGAUUUUUCAUUUGCCUCACUCUCUCCUGAAUCUACAGCAAAUUGUGGCAUUCCAGAUGAGACUCAGAGUGGUGUACAACCUGAUUGUUGCAAAUCUAUUUUGACAUUUUUAAAAACAGAAUUGCCUGAGGUUCCAUCAAUUGAGGAGGAAGUGGAAGAAACAGAGUCUUGGGCAAAGCCUUUGGUCCACCUUUGGCAGACGAAAUCUCCAAACUUUGUGGCUGAACAGGAGUAUAACUCAGCCAUGGCCAGAAUGGAGCCACACUGUGCCAUCUGUGCUCUCCUUAUGCCGUACUACAAGCCAGAUAGCAGCAAUGAAGAAAAUGAUUCUAGAUGGGAGACAAAAUUAGACGAAGUGGUUACUCCGGGAGGAAAGACUAAGCCCCUCAUUCCAGAGAUGUGUUUUAUUUAUAGCGAAGAAAAUAUAGAAUAUUCUCCGCCUAAUGCCUUUCUGGAAGAGGAUGGAACAAGUCUUCUGAUUUCCUGUGCAAAGUGCUGCGUGCAGGUUCAUGCAAGUUGCUAUGGUAUCCCUUCUCACGAGAUAUGUGAUGGAUGGCUAUGUGCUCGGUGCAAAAAAAAUGCAUGGACAGCAGAGUGCUGUCUCUGCAAUUUGAGAGGGGGUGCUCUUAAGGAAACGAAGAACAAUAAGUGGGCCCAUGUCAUGUGCGCCGUUGCAGUCCCAGAAGUUCGAUUCACUAAUGUCCCAGAAAGGACACAGAUAGAUGUAGGCAGAAUACCUUUACAGAGGUUAAAAUUGAAAUGCAUCUUCUGCAGACACCGGGUUAAGAAGGCCUCUGGGGCCUGCAUCCAGUGUUCCUAUGGCCGCUGCCCAGCCUCCUUCCAUGUCACAUGUGCUCAUGCUGCUGGGGUGCUGAUGGAGCCUGAUGAUUGGCCAUACGUGGUGAACAUCACAUGCUUUCGACAUAAGGUCAAUCCAAAUGCGAUGAACAAACUGAGGCUGAUAAAGAUUCAAGAUCCCAAGAUCACACAGCUAAAGUCCAAGGCUGGCGAGAAGGGCAUCUCUGUGGGGCAGACGGUCAUCACGAAGCAUCGGAACACCCGGUAUUACAGCUGCAGAGUGAUCGCUGUAACAUCCCAGACCUUCUAUGAGGUCGUCUUUGAUGAUGGCUCCUUCAGCAGAGACACAUUCCCUGAGGAUAUAGUGAGCCGAGACUGUGUGAAACUGGGCCCUCCUGCUGAGGGAGAAGUUGUCCAAGUCAAGUGGCCCGAUGGCAAACUCUAUGGGGCAAAAUAUCUGGGAUCAAAUGUUGCCCACAUGUACCAGGUUGAAUUUGAAGAUGGAUCCCAGAUAGCAAUGAAGAGAGAGGACAUCUACACUUUAGACGAAGAGUUACCCAAGAGAGUGAAAUCUCGUUUUGUAAGUGCUGGCAAACACCCCUUGGGGAUCUGCCAUUCCACAGCCUCUGAUAUGCGAUUUGAAGACACAUUUUAUGGAGCAGACAUAAUCCAAGGGGAGAAAAAGAGACAGAGAGUGCUGAGCUCCAGGUUUAAGAACGAAUAUGUGGAUGACCCCGUGUACCGCACUUUUUUGAAGAGCUCUUUCCAGAAGAAGUGUCAGAAGAGACAGUAAUCUGCAUACACUGCUGAAGGCAACUGAGCAACUUGGGCCGGAAGAGGAAAGAUGAAGGGACAGCCUUGGGGCCAGUGAUGUGUUUCACUGGGGUAGGUGGCAGGGGUGUCUCUGACAGUGGAAAAUUAGGCAUGCUGGAGUUUGUCACCCAAACCACAGAGUACAAAUGUUACUAAUUGGACACAACAAUCUGAAAUCAUCCCCUCGUCCUGCUUUCACUUGUGAGCAACUGUCUUCAAUGAUCCCAAAGAACUUUUCUAAGUAAAAGGAAAUAAUAGUGAAUCACCCACCCAAAAAAAGCCACUGCCAGAGGAGGCAGGUCCCCACAUGUGACCUAAUCAGGCCCUUAGUCAGGAAACACAUGGAGACUUCUCUCUGCAAGCCCAGCAGGUGGGAACCUCCAUACCCAGGUAGGAGGGUGAUAAUUUAUAUAUUUUCCACAGUCAGGGAAGGACUCUCACUUAUUUGUCUUAAAUGGCAGUUUUUAUAAAACAUUUUUAAAACGCAAAUGGCCUGUCUUGUAAUGAGAUUUACCCGUGUGCUAUCUGUAAUUUCCCUUGUACAGAACUUUUACAUUUUUUUAUAUCCCUAUUACUUUUGAUUGUGUCUGAUGAGAACUGAGUUGUUGGCCUUUGUGAAAUUUUUGGCUCUUGAGAAAGAAUUCUUAUGAAUUGUAUGGGAAUUUUAUAUAUUUAAAGAGGGAGAUCUGGGGCUGUUAUUUUUAAACACUUUUUUUUCAUAAUAUUCUAA